GCUGACAAAGGUUCCUAUGUUAUAUCAGCUUGGUGUGCAAUGACAUUAUUGUACAAACAUCUUCACUCCUGACUUCUGCCAAAAAAUAAGAUGAGAGUACCAUGGCAGAUCCUCUUCCCACGCACAGCACCUGUCAGGAGGGCAUCAUCUGUCCCUGCAGGUGUGAUGAAUUUUGUGCCAGCCUGCAGCUCCAGUGAUGCUCACUCUCGGGAGCUGCUGCAGGACUUUAUAUCCCGGGCCACAUGCCUGUUUGUUAUCACUGGAGCAGGACUCUCCACGGAGUCAGGGAUCCCCGAUUACCGCUCAGAGGGGGUCGGACUGUAUGCUCGCACAGACAGGAGACCCAUGCAGCAUGCAGAGUUUGUCCGCAGCGCAAAGUCCCGUCAGCGCUACUGGGCCAGGAACUUUGUUGGCUGGCCGCAGUUCUCCUCCCAUCAACCUAACGCUGCACACAAGGUGCUGCAGAGCUGGGAGGAGAGGGGCAAACUACACUGGUUGGUUACACAGAAUGUGGAUGCUCUUCAUUCAAAGGCAGGACAGAAGAGACUGACUGAGCUCCACGGCUGUGCCCACAGAGUGAUGUGUCUAGGUUGUGGUGACAUCUCACCGAGGGAGGAGCUCCAGCAACGAUUUUUAGCUCUGAACCCUGAAUGGAGCGCACAGGCAGGUGGCGUGGCUCCUGAUGGUGACGUCUUCUUAGAGGACGAGCAGGUCUUUAGUUUCAGAGUCCCAUCCUGUGAAGCCUGUGGAGGGAUACUGAAGCCUGAGGUCACUUUUUUUGGAGACACUGUGAGCAAAGCAACAGUGCAGUUUGUGCAUGGCAGACUGGCAGAGUCUGAUGCUGUGUUAGUCGUGGGGUCAUCAUUACAGGUCUAUUCAGGAUAUAGGUUUUUAUUGGCAGCAAAUGAUAGGAAAAUGCCAGUUGCCAUCCUGAACAUCGGGUCAACGAGAGCGGACCACCUGGCCCAGUUGAAAGUGAGCGGCCGCUGUGGAGAGGUGCUGUCAGUCAUUCAGCCUCUCUGACCCUUAAGGUCUUUCAGUUUGUUUUAAUUUUUUCAAGUCUGUUAAAACUACCUCAUACUUAAACAUAAAAUCUACUUCAGGAUGUCAGGUUCAACUUCCUCCUGCCAUGCCAGGAGAGUUCACUGCAAAAACUGGACACUCUGUUAACUUAUCACAUGCAGGGUAACUGAAUAUCAAAACAGUUUCUGCAUUCAAAGAGUUUUUAAUAAUUUAUUUAACUUCUCUUACUAUAACAGAUAAGUGUCAUGGGAUUGAUAUCUUGCUUCUUCCAAGAGAAACUUUAGAAGUCCGGUUAUUAUAUGUGCAAAUUGCAAUAAAUGACACAGCACUGA